CUGUCCCUCAGCUCCCAGAACUUACUGUCCAGUUCGAGGGGCUCGCUGCCUGCGUGCAAGUACCGGUGGCAGACGUUGAUGAUGUCCCGCGUGCGGAGGUGCUGCUCCUCCACCUUCCCUGCCAGGUACAUGGCGGACAUGGCCACCAGGAUGGAAUGAGCUGUCAAUGAUUGGGAUGCGGAGAGAAAGUCGUUCCUUCGUUGCUAGGAGACGGCAGUAAACAAACCGGAUCAAAGAUGGCGUCCCACUUCUCUGCAAACCAGUACGAAGAUGCGUUCAAGCCACAAAGACUCCAGAACUGGACUCUGCCAAAGAAAUUCAAAGAGAGGCCUACAGCUGCAGAUGGUCACACAAAAUUUAUUGCAACAGACCGUGGCCAUCUUUUCCCAGAGAUGAAGUCAAAGCGUGGGUCCAAGUGGACUUUUGUGGGCACGUGGGACCUACCCAGUCGGACUCCCCUGCCUCGGAUAAACCCGACCGCCCGCUCACUGGAGGGCCAGGAGCGGCUGAAGAGGUGGGAGGAGGGUCAAACGCGCACCAAGAGUAGAACCACGAGUGUUGGGUCGGGCAACAAAACUUGUGCAAAAGAAAGAAGUGAAUGCGGAGGAGAUGAUAAUCAAUUGCAGGAAAACAUGCCACCUCCAGGUAGCCCAGGUGAAGCUGAGCAGAAAUGUGUCUCACCUAAUCCUGAAGCAUUCCCUGCUUCACCUGCAGCAGCAUCUCAGCUGAGUGCUUCCUCCUCGAGACAACAAGCUGAAGCUCAGUCUUUGGCUGAGGAAAGUCUCACUUCAGAUGUUGACUGAAUAAGUGAAGAAGAAAAAAAUUAUUCUUCACAACCUGGCAUUUUUUCUCAUUAUAAUUUAGAAGAAUAAUGUGUAGGAUAAAAUACACCCAGCAACGUAUACUAAUGUCUAUUACGAUAUUUAAAACGAAUUUUAAACAAGUAUCGUGUACAGUUCCAGCUUGUAUUCAUGACUCAUAUACUUAAUUGUCAGUAAGAAUUAGAUUUAUGCCCUACAGACAAUUGUUACUUAAACAGUCAUAGCACCAUAAUAAAAAUG